AUGGCGUCAAACGCCGAAUAUAAAGACCGGCAGUUCCUCGCUGUAAUAGGGGACGAGGAUUCUGUGACCGGCCUGCUUUUGGCAGGCGUUGGUCAUGUCACCCAAGGAGCCGAUGCGCAGAAGAACUUCCUCGUUGUCGAUGCCAAAACGGAGAGUGCCGUGAUCGAAGCCGCCUUCGACAGAUUUACGCAGGAGAGGAAAGACAUUGCGAUCUUGUUGAUCAAUCAACAUAUUGCCGAUAAGAUACGACACCGUGUGGACACAUACACGGCGGCUUUCCCAUCAUUGUUGGAAAUUCCGGCAAAGGACCAUCCGUACGAUCCUGAGAAGGACAGUGUCCUGAAGCGAGUGCGGCGUCUGUUUGGAGAGUAG